AUGGUCCAGACAGGAAGACUGGAUGCCGAAUCAUUAAGGCUGCUGCUGUGCAGAGACCCCAUAACCAUAUCUGACCAGGAAGCAAAACCUUCAACCAAGGACUUGGGGGAUAAGAAGGAAGAAUAUAUUAAGCUCAAAGUCAUCAGACAGGAUAGCAGUGAGAUUCACUUCAAAGUGAAAAUGAUGAUACAUCUCAAGAAACUUAAAGAAUCAGGCUGUCAAAGCCAAGAAGUUCCCAUGAAUUCACUCAGGUUUCUCCUUGAAGGUCAGAAAAUUGUUGAUAAUCACACUCCCAAAGAACUGGGAAUGGAAGAAAAAGACAUGAUCAAAAGUUAUCAGGAACAAACAGGGGGUCAUUCAAUGGUUUAGGUAUUCUUUUAUUUUUUUUUUUUUCUUUUCCCUUAAUCCUUUUUUAUUUUUUAAAAUAAAUUUUUUGUAAUGUGAUAUUCAAAACAGAAUUGAAAACUGGCACCCCAACUCUUUAAUAUAUCUGGCAACUUGAAUCCUAGAGCCUAUUAUUCAUCAUUGUUUGUUUUCAUUGUGCUGACUUUUGAUGAUCAAACCUCAGCCCCCUUCAUAUCACUCUGUCCUUUUUAAAAAUUACAUGUGUGCAUUAAGAAGCCACCUUUUCCAGGAUUGUGCAUUUGCAGGCUUGUGAUAAAUAAGGUUGACUAAUGUGAGUCUUCCUAAUGACUCUCCAGUUGGCCCUGGAAUUGUAGCAUGUGAUUGCUUCACUCCUGGACUAUAACUUUCAGUGGGAGAUGGACAUUUUUCACAAAACUGAACUGUGGAAAAUGAUCUUUCCUUAACUUGAAGCUACUUUUAAAAUCUGAGGGUCCGGACUACAAGAAGAGGAAUUUCAAGUUGGGAGUCUAAGUGACAGAGGUAUUGAGAAUAAUGACUAACACCAGAGGUGGCUUCACUGAAGAGAAAGCAUUUUAAGAUAAAAGAAAAAAAUCUUGCAGAAGA